CAUUUCCCGCGUGGACGUGUCCUACAGAUCGUUUACUUACCUCUCGAUAAGGUUUCUGUCAUGGUUUGAAAAUUUUUGGAAAAUAAUUUUCGUGUAUGAAAAUAAUAAUGAUAUAAAAUCUGAAGUUUCUGUUAUCGGCGUUUUCUAUUUAAUUAGAAAUACUUCAAGUGAUUUCAUUGUUGGGUUUUUUUUGCCUGUUUUUGGAUCCUUCAACGAUGAAUUCAAGAAAGAAAUACAUGAAUAUCGCAAAAACUUAAAGGGCAUACCCGUUUGAAAUAAGCACUAUGUAUAAAAUACUAUCGUUAAGUAUAUUCAUAGUUAUAAAUAUAAAACAUAUUAUUACACUUAAUACAGAGAGUACAAAUAACAUUUUAAUGCAUGAUGGCAAUAUACAGAACGCAGAAAAUCUGCUAUUGAAUGAUCAAGAUGAAGUCAUUAUAAGACAUAAGGAUCAUAGUGGUGAAGUAAUAGAAAUUGUUCCUGAAAUACACAACAACAGUGAAGAAAUAGACGGACAAAUCAAAUAUAAUGUCACAGAAGAUUGUGUUGGAAAUAAGCAAUACUGUAAUUUAACAAAAGAAGAUUAUGUGGCGAUGCUUAAUGAUUACAUUUACCCACAAACAUACGAAUGGGUGCUUAUAGGUACUCACACAGCUGUAUUUCUCGUGGGAUUGGUUGGAAACUCUUUAGUGUGCGUAGCUGUGUAUAAGAAUCAUACUAUGAGAACGGUGACUAAUUAUUUUUUAGUGAAUUUAGCAGUGGCGGAUUUUAUGGUGUUGCUGUUUUGUCUACCUCCUACAGUUUUAUGGGACGUGACCGAGACUUGGUUUUUAGGAGAUGUACUAUGCAAAAUACUGCUCUACUUUCAGUCAGUGUCGGUGACCGUGUCAGUGUUAACGCUGACCUUUAUCUCCGUGGACCGUUGGUAUGCCAUUUGUUUCCCGCUCAAGUUUAAGUCCACUAUCAACCGUGCGAAGACCGCCAUUUUUGUGAUAUGGGCUAUUUCACUGUUGUUCAAUGCUCCAGAAUUAGUAGUACUGACCACAGAGAAAAUGGUACCUUUACGAUUCGACUUGGAAUACUUGGUGCAAUGCACUGCGACCUGGUCACCGACCAACGAUCUUGUGUGGCACAUUAUCAAAGUUGUGUUCAUUUACACGAUACCACUCCUUCUGAUGACGGUGGCAUACCAUCAGAUUGUGAGAGUGUUGUGGAGUUCAGAGAAGAUACCUGGCCAAGCAGAAACUAUGAAGUUGGCAUCAGCUGAGCAGACUCAACUUCGUUCACGUAGAAAGGCAGCUAAGAUGCUUGUGGCAGUUGUCAUUAUGUUCGCCGUCUGCUAUUUUCCCGUUCAUCUUUUAUCGGUACUUAGAUAUGUCCUAGACAUGGAACAGAACGAUUUGAUCACCUGCCUGGCUCUGUUGUCUCACGUUUUGUGCUACGCCAACUCAGCCAUCAACCCGCUGAUUUACAACUUUAUGAGUGGUAAAUAUCGUCGCGAGUUUCGACGUGCUUUCUGCUGCUCAACGGCUCCAAAGCACGAGACAUCGUCUACACUGACCCGUCUCACCACAUCCAAGAGGAAAUUCGACCAAUCCUUCGACAAAGGCCCAACCUGCAAUUACAACAUGUCACUAAAAAGCUAUAACUGUAUUCAUAUGCCAUUAUCAAGAGGCCACAAUUGUGACAGGAUGUCAUUCACAGGCCACAGGUGUGACAGAAUGUCCUGCAAAGGCCAAAGAAGUGAUCACACCUCAUUCAACGGCCAAAAGUGUGAUCGAGUUGAUGUAAAUGGCUUUCGGUGUCACAACAUGUCAUUUAAAGGUCAAAGUUGCGUCCGAGCUGGCUCGCAGAAUUUUAAAUGUGACGUCACCAUGAUUAAUGGGUCAGGACAAUAUGAAAAUUAUUCUCCGUUCAAUUAAAUUGAGUAGAAAUAAGAUUCCUUUCGCAAAUUUCAUUUACAAACGCGAAAAUGUUUUAGUUCUUUUGUAACACUUUCAUAGCGACACCACUAGACCGAUUGUAAAACAGCCAGUAAAAUAGGCUAUAUUUUAUUCCAGUGGGUAAUCUCAACGGAACGGAAACUGAGCGGGUAAACUGCGGGAGCGUCGCUAGUAAAUAAAAACGCGGCGAUUAUUUGAAAGUAAAAUCCAUUUCACUAAAUUAGAGUAUUUGUGCAUUUGUUUAAUUUUAAUGUUUAUUAUUUUAAGUAUGUACGAAGUAGUGUAUUAGAUAAAGAAUAUCUUACUACCUAAGCUAAAGACUUGAUGACUUAUUUCUGUUAAGCUUUUUGAUCUCUGUUUUACA